CUCCGAGAAGGGGUACGGUCGCAGCAUGGCGGCCGGGUACGAGCCGCCCAGCCUUCGUCUUCCCCGCCGCCGCCGCCGCCGCCAGCGGAGUCGCUGGGAUGCUAUAAUCUGCCAGUGUUGGUUGUGAGCGCGCCGCCCGCCGUCGGCCCUUCCCCCGACCCCUCCCUCCUCCGGCCCUCCUUCCUCUCGGCGCUGCCGCCCGCCCGAGGGUCGGGCCGGCGGGACCGCUCCUCACCCCGCCCCGGCCCGCGGGGCCGGACCAUGGAGGACGUGAAGCUGGCGUUCCCUUCCCUCCCACAGUGCAAGGAAGACGCCGAGGAGUGGUCGUACCCUAUGAGAAGAGAGAUGCAGGAAAUUUUACCUGGACUGUUCUUAGGGCCAUAUUCUUCUGCUAUGAAGAGCAAGUUACCUAUACUACAGAAACAUGGAAUAACCCAUAUAAUUUGCAUUCGACAAAAUAUUGAAGCAAACUUUAUUAAACCAAACUUUCAACAGUUAUUUAGAUAUUUAGUCUUGGAUAUUGCAGAUAAUCCAGUUGAAAAUAUAAUACGCUUUUUCCCUAUGACUAAAGAAUUUAUUGAUGGGAGCUUACAAAAUGGAGGUAAAGUUCUUGUUCAUGGAAAUGCAGGGAUCUCCAGAAGUGCUGCCUUUGUUAUUGCAUACAUUAUGGAAACAUUUGGAAUGAAGUACAGAGAUGCUUUUGCUUAUGUCCAAGAAAGAAGAUUUUGUAUUAAUCCUAAUGCUGGAUUUGUCCAUCAACUUCAGGAAUAUGAAGCCAUCUACUUAGCAAAAUUAACAAUACAAAUGAUGUCACCACUCCAGAUAGAAAGGUCCUUGUCUGUUCAUUCUGGCAACACAGGCAGUUUGAAGAGAACACAUGAAGAAGAUGAUGAUUUUGGAAAUAUGCAAGUGGCAACUGCACAGAACGGCUGACUCAAGGAGUAUUAUAAAAGAGGAUAAUUUCUAUUGGGAAAAAAAGGAGAAAAUACCAGGAAAAAAUAAUGUAAAAAUGGGAAAAACGCAAGUAGUUUCUUUUCAAUUAUAUGUUGCUUCCAGACAUGUUUCUCUGCAACUUGUUGAGCAACAUUUUAAGAAGAUGUUGGACUUCUGCAAUAGAUAGCACUGAGAUAUUGGACUUCUGCAAUAGAUAGCACUGAUGGUUUUCCUUUUUUUAAAAACACUUUACAGUUUUAUUAUAAACCAAGAAUUUUGGACUCACAAAGAGGUAUUAUUGCAAUAAUGCACUUUUCAUACUUGAAAUUUAUUUGUAUGAUACAAAGUUAUUACUUUAAACAAAAUGCAAGUUAGGGGGAUUCGCUUUGAAUUUGGGUAAUUUAUAACAUUUCCUAAUGUUUGCUAAAAGUUCGUUUUGUGUUCUAUAUAUUACAUUUAAAAAUAAUUUUACAGUUCAAUUUUAUGAUGAAGCCUCUAACAGAAACAUUAAACUGCAGGAAUCUGCCACAUUUUUGGUAUAAUUCAAUAACCUAAUUAGCAUUUUAUUUAAAUUUUUGAUCCCCUAUUAAUCUAUAAAUCAUGACAACCAGCUAUCCUUACUUUACUAACUUAAUCUAAUUAAUGCUUCCAUUCUCAUACCUUCUUAAUUUGUUUAUAGGGAAAGGUUUAAUUUACCAAAAAAAGAUGUUUUACUUUAUUGUACCAGAUGUUCAGAAACAAUGAUAGUGUUAGAUUUUUCAAAUGAUUUCCCUUUUAGCUUUUUUUCUUAAAGCCAAAUGUUGCAUUUAUUCUUUUCAGAGUUGCCUAGCCCUUUUUAACUUUCUAAAAUGGUUCUAAAAAGAAUAUAAGAAACAAAUGUAGCACUAUUUUUUUCUAAAUGAACCCCCCCCAAAAAAGUGCCUUUCAUCAUUUAAAAAAAUUAAAUGCUCAUGUGACCUCUAACUAGUAUAACAGUAAAACAUUCUUAAUAUUUUUCUGUAAUUUUUUAAACCAUAAACUGAAUGUGUAAGGCUUGAAGAAGCACUACUAAAUUAUUUGGAAUAUGGGACAUUUAUGUUGUCUUAAUUGUUCUGUGAAGUUUUAGCUCAGACUGGCAAGGUUUUCUUUGAAGAUGCAUUUAUUGGGGAAAGUGACUUGUAAGUCUUGUGUAUUUUCAAAAAGAAUUUUAAUUAGUUCUUUACAGUGAGUUAAUCCAAAUUCCUCCUGUAAUUUGCAUUAACAAAGUCACUUUAUGGGUCUUUGGUUCUCUGCUUUUAUUUAUAUUGUAUAAAAGUUAAUUCUAAGAAAAACAUUUUUGCUAUUUUAGGGGGAGAAAGUUUCUAACUUUUUGUAGUUGAUGACAUUAGGGUAGCACAAACUCCUUUGUAUCUAUCUCACUUUUUCUCAGUCCUCUCUUGAGGUGCUUUACUGAUGGGAAUAUUGCAUUCCCCUAGUACCCAGAGGCACUGUGCAAAGUAACUUACUACACUAAGUUACUUGCUUUGUGUUCCUCCUUUUGAUGUAAAAAUACAGAUAAAUCUCUAUUAUCCAGCAUAGGGAAAAUAAUUAGAAUUAUUCUGUUAAGAGUUAAUUCCUGUUGGCCCUUCUGUAUUCCUCUUCUGAUUUCCUCUCAACUACCCUGAAAACAGCAUAUUAUUGAUCCCUCAGAGGGAUUGUAGAAUUGUACAGUAGUGUACAAUUAGUUCAUUUGGUGUAGUCUAAUGGAGUCAGGUUGUAUUAGGUGUUCAAAACUUCUACUUGGUGAAGAAAUGGUAGCUUUCCUGUGUAUAUUUCACAUUGGACAGGCAGGAAAGAUCUCUUGCAAUCAAAUCAUAAUCUGAUGCUUUAUUCAGCAGAAGCUCUACUUAAAAUAUUUUAAGAGUAAAUUUGUCUUAAAAAUGAGGCAUUUGAGGUUUUGAAAAAUUAGUUUCAUAAAAAUAUAUAUCCUUGCUAAAGUAAUCUGACCAAAAUGACAGAUUCAGCUGUUAAUAAUUUUUAUCUGGUAACUUUCCACUCUUUCUAAAUACUAUUUUUGUUCUCAAAGUACCUGUGUAGGAAGACAGGCUCUCUGAAACACUAGGACUGCCAAUCUCAAAAAGGGACUACCACCCACCCAUAUUGAGCACAAUAUUAAUGUGGACAAAACAAGGUUUACUAUUCUUUCAUAAAAGAACACAUAAAGUUUUUCUUUGGUUGUUUGUAUUUGUUGUUCAACUAGAUGAUCUGGUAGCUCUUAUUUUUGUUCUGUUUGGUUCUAUUUCUGUGAUGCUUUUCAGUUACGUUUUGUGAUAGUCAACUGAGAAACUUAGCCAAUCAUGAUUUAUAUUCUAGAGGAUCUGAAUAAUGUAUGAAUAAUCACCCAAUUUUAACAUUAAAUAGUAAUCUGAGCACAGAAUUUAGAGUGAAAUUAACAUCAACAUAGGGAAAGUGCAUUACUGUCCACUUUGAAAGUAUGAAAAUAUUAAAAAUUUCAAGCUGGAAUGUCAGUAUUCUCAUCCUCUAAUUUCAUAUAAUUGGUUCGUGUUAAUUUCUUCAGGUUUUUAAACAAUACUUAAUUUUUAUCUACUGUAUGGUGGAAAUGUUAAAAAAAAAGUGUAAUAUAUUUUGCUACCAACUCUUAACCAUAUAACUUUUAGAAAAAUAUUCAUUCUGGAGGAAUUUUAUGCUUAAUCUGAGUUUAGAGGAAUUAUCAGAAAAUGUUAAGCAUGUCCUUUGUAAAAAGAAAAAAAUACAUAUAUCUAUCUCUCUCUAUAUAUAAGGUUCCUAAUUGUCUUAUUACCAUGGUAAUUCCAGUGAUUUAGAAGUAUUUAAUGGCAAUCUUGAAUUGUAAAGUUGAGGUGUAUAUAUCAGGAUCUCAACCUGAUGUAAAGUAAAUGAGCAGUUACCUGGCAGGUUUUUUUUUUAAUUGGUUUAAACCAUAAACCUGUAACACAGUUUCACUUCAAUAUUAGUUAUCUUUGUUUAUAAUGAUCCAAUAAGGAAAUGAUAGGAAGUAGUUGAGAUUUACUAGAGAAUUUAUUUUUUAUUGAUUUAGAAAAACUAGUUUGUAGGGUCUUUGAGUGCUGGAUUUUUUUUUUUUGUCUUUCCCAUCCAUGGCAGCUAAAAAAAGUGUAUCACUCUCAAAAUAUUCAGGUUUACAUGUUAAGCUCUCUCUCACAGGGAGCCACCAUACCUCACAGUUCAAAGUGUAUUCUAUAAAUCAGUAAUAUUGUACUGACAUGUAAUUGCAGUUUACUAUGCAGCAAAAUAAUUCAAGAAGAAAAAUAACGUACAGUGUCUAUUUACCUUGUAUAGGCAAUUGCUUACGUUACUCUGCUUUUAACAUUGUACUUCAGUAAAAUGUAUGUAUAGGAAUGUAACAGUGCAACAUGCUGCUAGCCUAGGCACAAAGUAUUAAAAUUAUUUUGUGAAGAUUGGUGGUUGUAUUAAAAACUGUUGUGCCAUUA